ACUUUGUGAUUAAAUAACGAUAAUAGUCAGGGUUUAUAUAGGUAGUCCUAGGGUCUCAAGUUCAGAACUUAAUUAGUUUCCAAACUGUUCUUGUGGUGUUUGGAGUAUUGACAUAAUCUCCAGGAAAUUGUACAUUCCAUUGAAGAUGCGUUUAAUUGCGAGUCAGUUCUUGCUGCUCAGUGUUGCACUGGCUGUAUCGGGGCAAACUUAUAAAUGCUGGUACAUUAAUUGCAAUGAUUACGAAACGGCUUCGCUUCAACAAUCAGUCGACACUGAUGGUCAAAUCAAUCAAUACCAGCCACUUGGACAAAUAUUUGUCAGUCAGCAGUUGAAUCAAAAUCAGCAGGUAGCGAAAAUGGACUUGAAUCAGCAACAAGUAGUUGUCAGUCAGCAGCCUAGCCAAAGCCCCAAUGUCCUUAAGGUGGAGUCUAGUCAAUUUAAACCAAUGCUGCAAAACUACGUGACCAGCCAGCUUGGAGCCUCGACAGUGAAUCAACAGCCAGCUCACACCCAGUAUACGACCUGGAUUCAAAAUCAGCAACCAAUUAAGACCCCUGAUGUACCCAAGGUGGAGACACAACAAUAUACUCCAGUUUUUCAAAAUUUCGUCAGCAGUCAGUUGCCUAGUCAAGGCCAACAUGUAGCCUCGAUUCAGCCUUUCCAAACUCCGGAAGUUGCCAAAGUGGAGACCAGUCAACAGUAUGUUUUUGUACCUCAAAAUUUCGUGGCUAGUCAACCGGAAACAACUGUGAAUGUGCAGCCAAGUCAGAGCCAGUAUACAGCCUGGACACAGCAGUCAGUUCAAAACACGGUUGCACCCAAGGUGGAAAGCCAAUAUGUUUCUCAACCACUGAAAUUCGUCGCCAGUCAUCCGGAGACAACUGUAAAUGUGCAGCCGAGUCAGAGCCAGUACACGACCUUCACACAGCAGCCAAUUCAACACUCAGUUGCACCCAAGGUUGAGACCAGUUAUCAAUAUGUUUCUGUACCACAGAAAGUCGUCACCAGUCAACCGGAAACAACUGUGAAGCCAAUCCAAAGCCAGUACACAGCCUGGACACAGUACCCAGUUCAAAACACAGUAGCACCCAAGGUAGUUUCCCUACCACAAAAUUUCGUGGCCAGUCAACCGGAAACAACUGUGAAUGUGCAGCCAAGUCAGAGCCAGUACACGACCUUCACACAGCAGCCAAUUCAACACUCAGUUGCACCCAAGUUUGAGACCAGUUAUCAAUAUGUUUCUGUACCACAGAAAGUCGUCACCAGUCACCCGGAAACAACUGUGAAUGUGCAGCCAGCUCAAGGCCAGUACACGACCUGGACACAGCAAUCAAUUCAAACCCCAGUUGCACCCAAGGUAGAGACCACCUAUCAAUACGUUUCCCUACCACAAAACGUUGUCACCACCCAGCCAGAAACCCCGACCGUCAAUAAGCAGCCAACUCAGAGCCAAUAUUCAGCCUGGUCACUCAGUCAGCAGUCCCCUCAAACCCCAGAAGUUUCCACUCAUCAAUAUAUUUCCCCCUCUCAAAAUUCCCCCACCAUCCAAUUUGCGACCCUAAACAAUCAGCAAACUCAGUACCCCACCUGGAUCAUCAAUCAGCAGCCCAUUCAGAGCCAAGAAACACCCAAGGCAGACUCAGCUCAGCAAUAUUACGUCAGCAGUCAGUCAAAUGGAGCCUGGAUGGCGAACCAACAGUCCACUCAAAAUUUGGAAUCUACCAUUACCCUACCACAAAAUUUCAUCGCCAGCUCACAAACUAGCCAGAGCCCUGUUGCAACCAUGACCACCAACCAAAAACCCGCCUCGCUCGCAGGAAACAUCGACUUCUUCUACCAACAACCAAACCGAUUUCUAGUGAAUUUCGUCAGCUAUCCAAUUCAGGAAACUAGCCAGAGCCAGCUUUCCGCCAAUGUGGACCCAAAAAUGGAACAACCAACGUUACCAAACCCAAACUUGGUGAAAAUCGAGGAAAGUGACAAAAUACCAGUUGCGAGUUCGGUGAAUGUAAUAAACACGGUCAAACCUGGCCUAUUCGUGGCAAAUAGUGCAAAUAACCAAAACACGGAGACGACAACCACUGUAGAAAUCGAAAAGAAGCCAGGUCAAAGCCAAGGAACCGUCCAGGUUAACAAACAACCAAUCGAAAGUCAACAAACAACUGAUGCGCCAUUAAAAGAAAAAACCGAAAACCUGAGUGUCCCAGCUGAACAACCAGCUGAGAGCCAAGUUACACCACAAGGAAACACUGUAACGGAGACUGCAGCAAACCAAGAAUAAAAUAAA